GACACUGAAACACCAUAACAUCUGACUGUGUUACAGUCUUAGUGUUCCGGACUAAGGACCAGGACAGUUGUUAGCUAACAGGUUUAUAUGUUAUGCUGGUGUAACAUUAAAUGAACGGUGGUAUCUUUUGAUGGCUCAGUUCACAGAGUGACUGUCAGAAGUUCCCCUGUAUAUAGCAGCAGAUGCUCUCCAUGCAGUGUGAUUCAUCAUCCUGAGGCUGACUGAUCCUGUCUGCAGCUUCACUGACUGACAGCAGAGCAGGAUGUCAGACAGCAGGAACCAGUCCUGUCUGAUGGCAGCAGAAGACACUGUCUCUUUCCUGGUGUGUGUGUUUCAUGCUUGGGAGGAAUGGGCAGGCCUUGGUCAGGUGGAGGACUACUUGAGUGUUUUGGAGUACCUGCUGUGGGUCUUCACACCUCUGGCCAUCGUCUUCAUCGUGCCCUUCCUCAUUGUCAUCCUCCUUUACCUGUCUAUACUCUUCCUUCAUGUCUAUAAGAGGAAAAAUCAGCUGAGGGAAGCUUACUGCAACAACCUGUGGGAUGGAGCCAGGAAGACCCUGGCCACUUUGUGGGAUGGACAUGGAGCCAUAUGGCACGGCUAUGAGAUCCACGGGAUGGAGAAGAUCCCUGACAAAGGACCAGCGCUGAUAGUGUAUUAUCAUGGAGCUAUUCCUAUCGACUACUACUACUUCCUGGCCAGUGUUAUCAUCCAGAAGGGACGGACCUGCCACUCUGUAGCUGACCACUUCCUCUUCAAGAUCCCAGGUUUCAAGUUACUUUUGGAAGUAUUCAGUGUGAUCCAUGGUCCUCAGGAAGAGUGUGUGCGAGCUCUGAGGAACGGUCACCUGUUGGGGAUUUCUCCAGGAGGAGUGCGGGAGGCACUGUUCAGUGAUGAGACCUACCCUCUUCUGUGGGGCAAACGCAAAGGCUUCGCCCAGGUCGCCAUUGACUCUCAAGUGCCAGUUAUUCCAAUGUUUACUCAGAAUGUGCGGGAAGGCUUCAGAUCUCUGGGAACACUCAGAUUUUUCCGCUGGGUGUAUGAGAGGUUUCGUCUCCCUGCAGCCCCCGUUUAUGGUGGAUUUCCUGUGAAGUUUCGGACAUUCCUUGGUGAUCCCAUCCCAUAUGACCCCAAUAUAACUGCUGCAGAGCUGGCAGAGAAAGUGCAGCAGGCAGUCCAGUCUCUGAUAGACCAGCACCAGCAGAUCCCAGGGAACAUCCUGAGAGCCUUGUUGGAGAGAUUCCACACUAAACACAAAGGCCAUUAACAUCACCAUUACAACAACACAGACAAACUGUCCAGUGUGUGACCAGAAUGAUGUGCCACAUUGGCUCAGAUGGCUGCAGUGUGCACAGGUUUGAUCGCCUAACAUGUUGGAGUAUUUGCACGGCUUUCUUCACUGCCCCCAGACACUGACAGACACUGACUGCAGCUGAGGUUCCUUUUGCAUACCGGUUGUUUGUAUUGCACGUUUCUAAUGUGUAUUUUUGCAUACACUGACUUGUGUUUUCAUCGGAUUAUUUCCAGGAUGAAUCUGUUGAAGUGAUAUUGGACAACAAUCGUACCUCAAAAACGAUGAACAAAAAUAUAAUUCUUUCUUCAGUACACAUUACAUUUGUUAUGACACUAGAUGUAAUUGGUCAUAGCUGUUCUCAGUUAAAAAAUUUGGGCCAGCUAGGAGAUUGGUAAUGUUGGUUAAUCAAUAAAUUUGUGGGUUUAUUGUUUAUGCCUAUGUUUCACUUGACAGGGAGCAAACAAUGGAACUCACACUAAUUCCUGGGAUCAGACCAAAGGGUUAGUCUCAACAGGCAGACCAGACUGAGCUGAACCUGCUGAUUAAGGUUGGCCUACUAUAAAUGGCUUUUUGGUUGACCUCUUUAAAGAUGGAUUUUCAUAUAUGAACCACUAUCAUAGAUGCACUUAGAACAUACAGUACACUGACCUCAGGUUACAGGAGUAUGAUCAUUGGAUGUAGAUGUGUGUGCAUUUCCAUCCCUACAACAGAAAACAGCAUUCUUUAUACACAGUGUUUGUUAUAUUGGCUAUACAUAAAUUCCAGUGGUUUUUGCUGUCCUUUAAGUAAUGUAUAUGAUUAUGGUAACACUUUUUUUUGGGUCUCUUACUUGUCUUCUAAUUUCCUAAAAACUGUCACAAUAAUUUCUUUAAAAAGAUCUGGUAUGUCCUUGUUAACACUGGAGAAGGUCUUAGAAAGGGGAUUAUAAGGAAAAGGGUGGGGACUGAUAGGGAGACUGAUCUCAGGUAGGUGUGGUGUCCAAAUAGUUUUGGGGAUAAUUUACAGGUUUUUCCAGUAUGUUUUAUACAGUUUUAUUUUAUAUUAUAUUUUAUGUACAUGGACACAGAGGUUAGACAAAAUAACAAGGAACACCUGACAAUUAAAUUCAAUCCAAAAGAAAAAAAUUGGUGUAAUGCUUAUGGUCAUGUGUGAACCUGUAGUCCAUGCUGUUGUCAUUUGUGAAUUUUAUAGUAUAUUGUAAGGUGUUCCUAUUAAUGUGUCCAUUUUUGCACAAAUUAUCUGUUGAUAUUUCCAAUCUAAUUGACCUUCAAAAUGAACCUAAUAACAAACACAUGGUAGCUAACUCCUGAUAUGCUUAAUUCUACAAGUAUUAUGGGAAGCCUUUGAAAUAUUUUUUUUUUUCUUUUUUUUCUGGUGGUUUCCACUGUUACCAGAAGGAUUAUUUCUGAAAUAUCCAGGUGUACCUUACAUCUAGACUCUACAGUCUGUGUUCCCCUGGGGUUGUCUAUAUUACAUCAUCUCAUGUUGCUUGCUCCAAAUUUUAAUACCUUUAAUAUUUUGAUUUUGUGUUACUGACUCAUUGCAUCAAUGGCAACCAGCUGGUCCUGGAACUUUAAGGACAUGCUGCUUUUCAUGAUCUUAUAUCAUUGUAAAAUUUGGAAUUGGACUGUUGGUCAGACAGAACACUACACUUGAACUGCAAUGAUAUAUAUUUUACACUUUAUUUUUUUUUACGUUUUAAAGAUUGAAAUCAUUAAUUGAAAGAACACAUCAAUUGAUUAAUCAACAAUGAAAGUAAUCAUUAGUUGUAGCUCUGUUUUUGUUGUGCUGUACCUCUGAAAAUGUCAAAGUGAGCUGAUAAGAGGUUGUGUUAGAGCUCUAAGGUACACUUGAUGAAUUACAAACUGACAAACUAAGAUUAGAAUAAGACUGGCAGAACUGUAUUUAGUAAAGAUGAAGCCUUAUGCACACAGAAAAAUAAAAAUAUGCCAGGAUGCAAGUUCAGUAUGUAUUGGAAAAUAAAGCAAAUAGAUGAAAGACAUUGAUGACUUUACCCAGUAAGCAGAAGCCAGGCUAAAAAGGCUGGUUUUAUUUUUAUGAUUUACAUCAGCACUUUUAGCUCCACUCACAAGAUAGGUAAACUGAUCUUUUUGUGUAGUGUAGUGCCCUUUUCAAACAGCCCUCCCAUUACCUUUAUUAUGCAUCUUUAUAUUUUUUAAAUUGAACUGCAGAUGCUGAUUAGGCAUGUUGUAUUCUGAUAUUCAUGUGUUGAUCAUUUUUACACAAAUCUUCACCACCAGUACACACACACACACACACACACACACACACACGCACACGCACAGACUAUAGAAAUUAUAGUCUAUUUUUUCAUAAGUGAUCACACACACACGUUUGUAACUCUAUCUUUGUGAGAACAUUCAUUAACAUAAUGCAUUCUCUACCCCUAACCUCAAUAACCACAACUAAAUGCAUAAACCCAACCCCAACCUAAAUGUGAUUCUAACCUGAACCCUCAAAGCAAGUCUUAACCCUCAAACAGCCAUUGGAAGUGGUGAUCACUGAACAAAAUGUCCCAAUUUUUCCUUAAACUCUGAUUGGUCUUCACGAAGUAUAGCCAUACACACACACACAUAUAAGCCUACAAAAUAUAGAUGUGAGACUGAAUCCAUAAUUUUUCCUGAAGUGAUAAUUUGGUCUUACCUUAUUCAGCUCAAGGCUCUUUUGCAGUCAUCAUUUGUAUUUGUUAAUAUUUUUUGUUGUGUUGUGUGUGUGUGUGUGUGUGUGUGUGUGUGUGUGUGUGUGUGUGUGUGUGUGUGUGUAUGUAUGUAGUCCAGCAGCAACAAACUACUGCCUUUCACCUUGAUGAAUGACAGCUCAUAAAAUCAACAGUGUCCCUUCACAAAACUCAAGUAUCUUCUCACAGUAAUAUUUAUCAUAUCAGUACAAAUACUGAUCUAUCACUUUAUUAGUGCAUACUAUGCGUGUGUACGUUAAUGAUGAUGUAAUAUGAUCAUUUUUGUUUCAUUCCUGGAUCUUCAGUGCUUUACCAGCAGUGCUCUAAAGUAAACAUUUGUCAUGUACAGUUUUACUUUUGUCUGUCCAAAUUGUGGCUUGGAGUUAAAGUUUAAUAAUCUUUAUGAGUAUGUCUAUAUAUAUUUGCAUGUAUUAGUAAAUAUUGUGAUUCAGCCAAUGGUUUUGCACACAUAGUCUUCAAAGUAUCACUGCCAACUCAGAUUUUUACAUUUUUAAAAAAGCCUUGUGAGACAAAGUGUGUUUCUGGGUGAUGUUUAACUGGAUUCUUUACUUUUGUGAACUGGUUGCCUUUUUCCAUAUUUAUGUUGUUAGUUUUGAGAUGAUCUAAUGUAUUUUUAAAUUAUGUCAAUAAAAUAUAAAUGUUGCACUUUUUAAAUAUUGAGAUCGAGUUCAACCUAAUAAAUCUAUUUUAUUAA